AUGUCCGAACACGAGACUCAAGUCCCAACACCAGCGUUGAGCCAGCCACCGCAGGAGAACGGGGAAUCCUUGAUAGAUAUGCUACACCUCAACAAUGUGACAUCACAUAUUGUAAAUGCGGUUGGACAUAUCACUGAUGCAGAAAGUGAUGCGGACACAAUUGACUGUGAUGAUCAUGUGUUAGUAUUCGAUAACCCCUUCAAGGGAGCCAUGGAUGGGGAUGACGACGAAGAUCUUUGA